ACGCGCGAUAUCUAAAUCAGUUGUUACUUUUGAAAGAAAUAGAAAUAUCAGUGCAUCUAAAAUGCGGUGGAUCCCUCUUGAAGCAAAUCCUAAGGUGAUGAAUGAGUACAUGAAUAACCUUGGAGUUGUUGAUAGUGUAUGGAAAUUUACCGAUGUAUUUAGUUUGGAUGAUGAUAUGCUUGCAUUUAUACCGCAACCAGUCAUAAGCCUACUGUUGUUAUAUCCUUUAGACAACUCGAUUGAAAAUGCAUCAUUAGGCGUUGAGGAUAAUUCAUCUAAGGUUAUUUUAAUCAAACAAACCGUUGGUAAUGCUUGUGGAACUAUAGCUAUAUUGAAUGCUAUAGCUAAUAAUCGAGAUAAAUUGCGUAUCAAAGAUGGUUCAUUUUUAAGCAAUGUUCUAGAUGGAAUUGAAGAUAUGACACCUGCUGAACGUGGUGCUGUAAUGGAAAGUAAAAAGGAUCUGUCUAUAUUACAUGAAAAAUCAGCUUUAGAAGGACAGACAAAUGCACCUGAUGCAGAGUCAAAAACAAAUUUACACUUUGUCUGUUUUGUUGAACAUUGUGGUAGUCUGUAUGAACUUGAUGGUCGAAAAAAUGCACCUAUUCGUCACGGAUCAACUACAUCUGCCGGCUUUCUAUCGGAUACAUGCAAUGUAGUGAAAAAAUUCAUUGCAAAUUCACCUGAUACUGUGGAUUUCAGUUUGAUGGCUUUAUGUCCUGAUAACAACUGAGCGAGAGAGAGAGAGUGAGGGCGGUGAAUCGAUGUCCCAUUUCUUCUUGUAUCUUUUGAUUCAUGAUAAUCUCUCUUUUUUGAUACUCUUUAUAUAAUGAAUACAUUUAUCAAUGUGUUUUACCUAAUCAACGUGAUUCCGUGUUGUGUUUCAUAUUGAGUGAAUAGGUUCGAUGAGUAUAAGCCUCAUAGAAAAACAGUGGUUCAAAUGGACUAAUAGGCAAUCUUGUUUUAUUUUUUCUUUUGUUUUUGUUUUUUUGAGAAAGAACAGUAUACAAGUUUUA